AGCUGCAGCAGUGAAAGGGCCGAUGGGGGCGGACGCUUGCAUCUUGAUCGACAGCAGGCCAUCGCAGGAACGGGGAGCCCCGAACAAAAGCGUCUGUGAUUCUACCCAUGGGCCCCAACUUCAACAAUGCACAUCUUGUUUUUGAGGAAUCUUAAAAAUCAAAUGGACAUGCACGAAUUUAUGAUUUCACAAAGCACACACUGGGUUAUUUAUUGGUCCCAUUUCUCAGCCAUUCCCACAGCCCAAAGACAACAUUCAGAAAAUCAGUUAAUGUUAAUUUUGAAAGAUUCACUUUAAAAAAAAAUAAAUAAAAAAUAAGUUAGGCUACAGUAAAUUGAAGGCAGCAUCAGAAAAUAUAUUAUACAUUUGCACAUUACACGUGGUUUUCAGGGUUGCUUUUUAACCUCUGUGAAGCUGUAUUCCUUUUAUGUAAUUAAUUCCUAUAGCAUACUCAAAUUGAAUCAAUUAAUUUAAUUUAAAUGGUUUCUGUAUCCUGGAGAAUACAGACAUUUGAUAAACUGGGCAUUUGGAAGAGAUACAAACCAUAAAACCUAAAAAAAAAAAUAUAUAUAUAUAUCUAUUCUGAGGAAAAACAAAAUGAUAUUUUAUUCCUAUGUGUUGGGAAACAGCUGGAAAUUUUCAGAGGUAUUUUUAUGUCACUGCCCUUUGUCAAGUGGAACAAUUUAAGUGAAUAAAAUCAAAGCAGAUUCAUUAUAACGGGUGGGGAACGUUGUUUAAACUUUAAAUGUUUAAACUUAACAUUAUUGUUAUAAUGAUUAUAACAAUAAUGUUAAGUUUAAAAUGUAUUUUUGACCACAUUUUCAAUAUCUUGUCCAUGCAUUUUUACAGUUCUGCUACAGUAAGGGUAAAGUUAACUAGAAAUUCUGUGCAUUAGGUUCUGCAUCCUGCUGAAUGCUAAUGGAAAAUAAUACCCCAUCUGUGUCUUUAAAAAUACAAAAUUAGGCCUAUUAUAAUUUAGUUAAUUUGGCAGGGACACUGGAAAGUACUAAGCUGUCUGCCUUCAGUGGUCUGGCAGUAAAAACAAUAACAUGAUUCAUGGUUUUCCAUAUUCUGAAAAAGUGAGCCAUGACUUUCAUUGCUUUAAUACUGUGAGGUUGGUCUCUGCAGUACUGUUUCCAAUGCUAUCAAAAGGACAGACCCCCUUUUUUUUUGCCAGUUUGUGGUGAAUCUGUGUUCUUCCAUAGUGACUCUAAACAGUGACUGUCUAACUGUGUGACUUCAUUUUGCUGACAAUAGUUUAGUCCACUUAAAUCAGGUGACAUUUAAGUUCUUCACUUGCUACCUUGAAAACAUUGAAUCUUGGAGAGAAUUUGUCUCCACAUCAAUGUUGAUAAGACUGAAUGAUGGUGUCAAAGGAUUUACAUUUGUUUAAUGUAUCUGAUUAUUUGACUGUGUUAACAAUCCCAUAUAUUUUAAAAGAAGAAGAAAGUUUAUUGUGACAUAAAAGAUUGAAACUGAAGAUUCUUCUCUAUUCAGUGUCUCCAUCUAGUGGUUGUAUUUAACACACACACACACACACACACACACACACACACACACACACAAACAAGGAAACGCACUCAUAGCCUUACGUUUACACAGUAGGCUCGAAUCUUAUUACGCUUUUUAACUGAGUUUUUUUCUUUGUUCCUUUUUAUGUCUGCGCGUAAGACUAUUUCUAAAUAAGUAUAUUUUAAUACGCAAUGAAAUUGUGACAAACGUGCACUUUGAACAAACAUUUCAAGCUGUAAAAUAGACCAAGGGUCAGAAUUUUUUGAACGUGUCCUGCCACCUUACUAUGAAACACACAACGGAUUGUCAUCAGAUUUUACAAGACACUACUUUUCUAACUCGAGUAGGUCUUUGAUAAACACCCUCUGUUAAUCAGCAAUAUCAAGAUAAAUAUUUUGCAGUGUUUUAGAACGUGUUGUAAGCAAAAUGGCAGAGGCUAUACUCGGAGAUCACGACCAGUACAGCUGCUCGAUAUGUUUGGACUUGCUGAACGAUCCCGUGACAAUUCCUUGUGGACACAGUUACUGCAUGAGCUGUAUCAAUGAAUGCUGGAAUACAAAAGAUCAGAAAGCGACCUAUAAAUGUCCACAGUGCAGACAGACCUACAAACCAAAGCCUCCGCUCAACAGAAAUACAAUACUUGCUGAAAUAAUGGAGAAACUGAGGGACACAAAGCUACAAGUGUCAGAGACUCAAAGUCUUGCUGGACCUGGAGAGAUUGCAUGUGAUUUCUGCUCUGGAGAAGUGUUCAAAGCUGUCAAGUCUUGUCUGGAGUGUCGAGCCUCUUACUGUGAAACACACUUACGUCCACACUAUAACGUUCCAGCCCUGAAGAAACACAAGCUGGUGAAAGCUACCGUCAUGCCAAUAUGCUCCAAACAUGACAAGCUCCUUGAGGUUUUCUGUAGAACAGACCAGAUUUGUGUCUGCAUGCACUGCUUAAUGGAUGACCAUAAGGGACAUGACACAGUGCCGUCUACAAUAGAGCGCAAUGAGAAACAGAUGAAACUCACAGACACUCAGACAAAAGUCAAGCAGACAAUCCAGGCAAAAGAAAAAGAGCUGCAGAAGAUGAAAGUGGACAUCACGUCACAUUCAGAUUCUGCAAAGGAUGCUGUGAGGAACAGUAAGAGAGUCUUCACUGAAUUAGUCAAACUUAUUGAGAAAAGAAGUAAUGAAGUAAUUGAAAAGAUAAAAGCUCAAGAAAAGGCCGAUCUGGAUCAGGGUGCAAAACUACAAGAUAAGCUGGAGGAGGAAAUUACUGAGCUGAAGGAGAGGGAAGGAGUCCUAGAUACACUUCUACAGACAGAUGACAACAUCCACUUUCUUCAGAAUUAUGAGUCUAUGUCCUCUUCAUCUGGAUCUGAUGAGUUCCCCAGUCUCUCAUUUCAGCCGUGCUGCUCUUUUGAGGACAUAAACAAACUUGUAUGUGAACUUACUGGGAGACUGGAGACUACAUGUAUGCAGGAAAUAAACAAAACAAUUAAUAAAGUUUCAGAUUUGUCAACAAAGAGGACUCCAUUUGACAUUGCAGUUGGAGACAGAGUCCGCGUGAAACCGUCUGUUGUUAUUCCAACACAAAAAUGGGGAUCGGUUACUCACAUUAGUAUUGGUGUUGUCAAAAAAAUUCAGGGUGAGUUUUUGACUGUAGAUUUCCCCGAACAAAAAAACUGGACUGGUGUAGUUUCAGAAAUGGAGCAUGUGACCAGUGUUGGUUCAGAUUUGUUAACAAAGAACGCUUCAGUCGACAUCAAAGUUGGAGACAGAGUCAGAGUAAAACCCUCCAUAACUACCCCAAAACAUAACUGGGGUAGAAACGUCACACAUAAGAGUGUGGGUGUGGUAAAAGACAUUAAAGGUGAUGACAGUCUGGUUGUUGACUUCCCUGGACAUGCAAACUGGAAAGGAAUUCUCUCUGAAAUGGAGCAAGUAACUAAUGAUGAUGAGAUGGGACCUUCAAGUGUAGACUCCAAUAUUAAGAUUGGAGACAAAGUCCGUGUGAAGCCAUCUGUUGUUACUCCAACACACAAAUGGGGAGCAGUCACUCACAAAAGCAUUGGUGUUGUUAAAAAAAUUCAGGGUGAGUCUUUGACUGUAGAUUUCCCUGAGCAAAAAAACUGGACUGGUAUAGUUUCAGAAAUGGAGACUGUGGCCAGCACUAAUUCAGACAUCAAAUAUGAUAACAGUCUGAUUGUUGACUUCCAUGAACAUGCAAAUUGGAAAGAAAUUUCAUCUGAAAUGGACAUAGUAACCAAUGAUGAUGAGUUUGGAUCUUCAGGUCUCGAGUCCAGUAUUAAGAUUGGAGACAAAGUCUGCGUGAAGCCGUCUGUUGUUACUCCAACACACAAAUGGGGAGCAGUCACUCACAAAAGCAUUGGUGUUGUUAAAAAAAUCCAGGGUGAGUCUUUGAUUGUUGAUUUCCCUGAGCAUAAAAAUUGGACUGGUAUAGUUUCAGAAAUGGAGCUUGUGACCGGCACUUGUACAGAUUUGUCAACAAACAUUUCAGUUGACAUCAAGGUUGGAGACAGAGUCAGAGUGAAACCUUCCAUAACUACCCCAAAACAUAACUGGGGCAGUGUCACACACCAGAGCAUGGGUGUUGUAAAAGAUAUCAAAUUUGAAGAUGUGAUAGUGGAUUUCCCAAAUCACAAAGGCUGGAAAGGGAUGCUUUCUGAGAUGGAACGGAUAGAUGAUUCAGAGGCUGACGUUUCAGGAUCCUCAUCAUGAUGAUGUGACAGUGGACAUCCCUUUUGAUUUUGUGAAGUUUUGAUCACAGAAACUUGCUUUGUCUUAUUUUUUAUUUUGUAGUCAUGUGUCUCUUUCAGACAAUCCAUUUUUGUUCACAUCUGUCUUAGAGCCCUUCUGAACUCAGCAGAGUUAUUUGAUUAGUCUUGCAUAAAUAUUCCUGUUCAUUCGGGUGUUUUAAAUUCAGUAUCGAAACCAAUCUUGUUCCCAUUUUUUUCUGUUCUUCACUUUGACUCAUAUGAUUGCAUAUUUUAAUGUAGUCUAUGGCUGCUGUAGUUAGAAAGAAUAUAUUUUAUGUCUUUCUUAAAGGAAUAGUUCACCCAAAAAUAAAAAUUCUGUCAUCAUUUA